AUGUGUGUGCGGGUCUUCCUUGGAUUUGCCGAAUCUCCAUUCUUCCCAGGAGCAUUGCUCUUGAUCUCGUCGUGGUAUAAGCCAUCUGAGAUUGCCGUCCGAGUUGCGAUCGUUUAUUGUGGAAAUACCGUAGCCAAUGGAUUUGGUGGCCUGUUAGCAGCAGGAAUUAUGAGCGGGUUGAAUGGGAAGGGUGGACUUGAGGGUUGGAGGUCGGUCAUUCCCCCUAGUAGAGAAUUCGUGAAUACUCGACUGACUAUUGAAACUAGAUGGUUGUUCAUCAUUGAAGGGGCGGGAACAAUGGUCGCCGGAGUGCUCGCAGUGGCUCUGCUUCCAGACUUCCCUCGCUCUGGAAAACAAAAGUGGCUCACUGAGCAGGAGCAGCGUUUGGCAGAAUGGCGCCUUGCGCGUGCCGCAAAUGACGAAGUUGAUGAAAAUGGUUCGGUGAAGGAAGCACUUCGAGACGCCUUCAUUGAUCCAAAGGCGUGGAUACUGAUUCUGAUUCAAGUCUGUCAGCUGUCAGCUCAGACUUGGACAUAUUUCUUCCCCACGAUCGCGAAAACAUUGGGCUACAGCGACAAUGUCACGCUGUUGAUCAUCGCACCCGUGUAUAUCUUCGGUUUCAUCACUGCUUUGGGCAAUUCUCUCAUCGCAACCAAGACCGACCAUCGAGCGAUACUCAUUAUCUGGCCCCUGUGUGUGGACAUCGUUGGAAACGUGAUGGUUAUUUCCUCUCGUGCCACAGCCGUGCGCUACGUCGGGAUGUUCCUGAUGUGUGCUGGUUCCUACUCCGCGUUCAACGUGGUGCAGGCAUGGAUCGCCAGUACAAUUCCCCGGACUCGAACAAAGCGCGCUAUUGUGUACGCACUUGUGAAUUUGUUCGGCAACUCGUCCAAUAUUUAUGGGUCGUAUUUCUUCCCAACUGCAGACUCCCCUCAAUAUCGACCGGGCGGAAUCACUUUGUCCGCGUUCGCUGCAGGGGGUAUCGUGCUUUCAGUCGUUUUGGCUGGCUAUCUCCACAUGUUGAACGUGAAGGCCAAAAAGGCAGAAGGCGAAGAUGGUCAGACACGAUACAAGUAUAUUUGGUAG